AUGGUGCUGCUCCGGCGCCGGAACUGGACUUCAACCCUUGGGUCAGCCUGCUUAACGCUGCUAGCGUACGCGGUGCUGGUCUAUUGGACUCGACCGGGCUUUAUGGAGCAACACUACUACUCGAAGCAGCGCUUAUGGGCGCAGUUCCUGGCGUCCUGCGACUGUGACGGCGAAACAUGUGUGCCACUGGUUCUGGAUCCGGAUUCUGCCGCUGGUCAGCGAGUGGAGCCGGACGCGUCCAUGCUGUGCAAGCUAGACAGCGCCAGGGAGGCGGAGGAGCGGGGCCGGGAGCGGGAUAUGCCGCAGGCGACACAAGCUGGGAAUACGACACAGCAGCAGCAGCAGCAGCAGCGGGAGGCUGGCGGUGAUGGCGGUGGUGACGGAGGCAACACCGCGGCCAAUAACAGCAAGGCGAGCGGUGGCGGCGGCGGCGACGGCGGCAGCGAACGACGGCGACGUAGAGGUACCGCAGAGGGACCCGAGGGCGAGUCCGCCGUACGGCCGUUUGUGUGUUCGUUGUACGACACGCGGGGUGCGGCGCCGCUGCUGCGACUUUUGCGGCCUGGGAAGCGAAGGACAGGGUCGGCGGCGCCGCAGUCGCCGCCGGUGCCAUUGCCGCAGCCGCCGCCAGCACCGCCGCCGCCACAGGGAGGUGGAGGCUCACCGUGGGGUGGUGUACCGGAGGCGCCACCGCCGCCUCCGCCGUCGAUCCCGCCGGAGGCGGAGGGGACAGCCUACGGCGAUCCCCCCGGCGUUGGCGGCGGCGGGAAAGACGGGGAGUGCGGCCCCGCUGGCGGCGACGGAACGAACGGCGGAAGCUGUCCGGCGCCGCCGGAGUGGGCAGCAGAGCCAGGUACGGAAGCUGCCGUUAAGCCGCCUCCGCCGCCUCCGCCGGCAGCGCCGGCAGAUAAGGACGAGGACGGUGGCGGUGGCGGUGGCGGCGGUGGCGGCGGCAGCGCCCAUGGAGUCUCUGGCGACGGCGGCUACCCGGGCGGCGGCGGCGGCAGCGGGGGCGGCGGCGGCGGCGGCGGCUUCAAAGGCCGGCGAGGGGCCAACAGCAGCAGCAGUAGUGGCGGCGGUGGUUUCUGUCGUAAUUCGAUCUACGUACGGCCACCGCGCCAGGCCGAGGUUUCGGAGCAUGUACGGGAAGUGGAGGCCAGUCCUCUUGGUCUGCCUCCCCUGGAGCUGCUGAGGGUGGCCCUUCCGAAGGCCGCUGAGCUAGCGGGCUGGCUGGUGUUGCCGUACGUGAUGAUGGGGCGGUACGUCCUGCUGCUGGCGCCGGCGCCGGCGGCGCCUUCCGGGUACGACAACAGCGACGGUGGAGCGUACGACGAACGGCUGCCGGCGCUGAGCGUUGGGCUGCAGCUCAUGCUGGUUGCGGGUGCGCUGUUGACCAUAUUUGAGCUGCAGCUGUGGGUGCGGGUGGUUUCGGAGCUGCUGUCUCUACACCGGCCAGGACGUUCUUGGGGUCGGCGGCGGGAGGCGGCGUGGCGGGUGGUGUACGAAGGCAUGUUACAGCCGCUCCGGGAGGCCCUACUGUCCUGGAACAUCACCCAUUUCCUGGGGCGACCUGUACUGCAACUGGUGCUGUCCGUACCCUCCCUGGACGUGGCUCUCAUGCUGCCCAUCCUGUACUGCGUGGUGAUGCUGGGGGCAGCCAACUGCGACGUGGCGACCAGGGCCACACCGGCAUUGCUGAGGGUCGCCCGACGUGUACGACACCACGAGGGCGGAUUCCACCUGCUGCUGCUCCAUGUCGUCAUGGCGGCGGAGCCCAAAGCACUGCCGUACAUUGUACGACUGAUGCACUGCUUCAGCGUCAUGGACACUGUGGGCAACGCCGGGCGCGCCGCCGUGGUGGCGGCGAUGUUGGAGGAAGCCCCCGGGCUGGCGGCGGCGCUGGCGGCGGCGUUGCAACAGCAGCAGCAGCAGCAGCAGCAACAGCAACAACAUGAGGUUGGCGGCGGCGGGGGAGAUGGGGAUGGCGGAGACGAGUUGGCGGCGGCGAUGCGUGCGCGUGUGGCGGCGGCGGUGGGCGGGGAUCGCGGCGCGCAUCACCGUCGCGACGGCGCCGGCGGUGGCGGCGUGGAUGGGGACCUGUACGACAGCGAGGAUGAGGAUGAGGACGAGGAUGACGAGGCGGAGGGUGUGCGCGGGGAGGGUCGGCCCGUGGUGCUUAGGUGGCCGGCGCCUUUGCAGCUCCCCUCGGAGUCCCACGACUGGGACGACGUGCCCCGGGGUUUCACGUGCGCCAUCACGCAGCAGCUCAUGACCCAACCCGCCAUGUUGGUGUCCCCCGAGCUGCCGUCGGCGCCCACGUACGAACGAGCUGCGAUACAGCAGUGGCUGGCGGGGCAGAUGCGCGACCCCAAGUCCAACACCCCACUCCGCUGCUACAGCUUGCUGCCUAAUGAGGAUCUCCAUCGAGCCAUAGACGACUGGGUGAGUCACCGGCUACGGGCUGCGCAGCGUACGGCAGCUCGAAGGUCCGAAGGACGAGCCAGCAGGCGGCGUCGGCGAGGACCCGCAGGUCUUGCGGAUAAUGACGGCGGGCUUGGCGGUGAUGCUGCCGUGGCGGCGGCGGCGGCAGCCGCUGGCGGCGUCCACGCGGCUGCUGGCGUUGACGUCGGCGACGAUUCCGCGUCGCGUUCCGGUGACGAUACCGAGUCGUACACUAGGUCUGGCGGCAGCAGCGGCGGCGCGCGAUCGACGUCGGUUCUGGCCUCCUUGGCGCAAGGUGCUUCCAGCCUGAUGGACACCGGCGUGGAGGUGAUGAGCCGGGCGGUGGCGGCGGCGGCGGCGGCGGUUGCCGUCGCUGCUGCAACAACGGCCGGCGGCGGCGGCAGUGGCCAUGCACCGCCGCCGGGAAAGUACACCAUUGGAGACGAGAUUCCUCCUGGCGAGGGGCAGCACGAGGCGCAGGAACAACGUGCCCCUGAAGGGUACGGGGAGCUUCAGGGAGGGCCGGGGGAACAGCGAGGAGGAGGAGGGAGCGGCGGGGGUAGCAGAGGGCCGUGA